AUGCUUCGCCGUUUUGCUACUAUCAUCCCUUUUGUGCUCAUCGCCGGGUCAACGGUGAUGCUUCUCUUCAUCAACCUCAGUGGAGCACUGAACGACCUGACUUUCCUCAAUAAGUUCUACUUCUCCACGGCUGAUGUCGGCUACGAAAGACGCUGGACCAUGUAUGCCAUGUGUACGCCUUUGGGCGACGGCAAGGUUCAGUGUACUAAAAAACUGCCAGCUUACCCAUACGACCCUAGCCGGAACUUGGGUGCAAGCUUUGUACCAGAAGAGUUUGAUAAGAACCAAAAGACAUAUUUCUACUUGUCUAAAAUAGCAUACCUGAUGUUCUUGCUUGCGCUUUUGUGUUCGAUUCUUUCGUUGUUGCCGGUGACUAUUUCGUGCUGUGCAUGUACUGGGUUCCUUACAGGGUUCUUUGCAUCUUUUGUCAUUGGUGGAGCCCUUUUGCUUGAUGUUAUAGCAUGUUCUUUGCAAACAGCUGCUCAUGUUAAGGGUGUAAAUGCGUUUAAGAAAGCUGGCUUUCUGGCGCUGUUGGGUACGCCCAUGUUCGUUUGUAUGUGGUUGAGUGUGGGUACGCUAUUCAUUUCUUGGGUGUGGAUGAUCAAGGUUGGAGUGAAUGGUUUCAACCAGAUCUUCGGCAGCAAGAAGAAGGAGUACGAUAGUGAACUGGACUAUAAGGAACUUCUGGAUUAG